CUGAAAUACACAAUAGAACAACUAAAACAUCUAAGAGAAGUAAAACAGGCCAGAUAUCUGAUACAAAAGAAAGAAGAGCAACCAAAAACAUCACAAAUCCUGUUGUUCCUGGACUCCACAAAACAGAAGUCGUUAAAUCAAAGCCAUUACUAAAAAAUGAUUUUAAUGGAUCAAUAAGGACCUUGCCAUUGUCUCCAGUUUCUAAUCUUGAUGAAUCUACAUCACAAGCUGUCAAGGGUGGUGAGUCAGCAUGUAUAAUACCAAGUAAUGUUAUCAGGUAUGUUCCAAAGCAGUCUGUUAUACAGAGCACACCUUUAGCUGGUAGGGGUGUAAGUAAUGUGAAGAGGCAACUCACAUAUGAAAAUACCCCACCUGCUAAACAAAAACGCGUCGCAGAAACACAAACAGAAAACAGUUUAGAUGUUGCGUUACCAGCAGAAGGCCUGUAUACUCACAUUUUACAUUUUACAGGUCUUAGAACUUGGAGUAAAAAAGUACAGAGUGCAUUGAGUCAUAUGGGGAGUCUAAACCACAGAUGGCUUAACAUGGUUAAUUUUUUAGGGCACCUUAACAGACAGGCCAUGGCAUUAGGUAGUACGGCGCCUGAAGAGUCUAAGGGUGCAGAGAUAAUAGCUGUUUCUGAAAAGUACACAAAAUUAAGUAAGGUUCUUAAGGCUUUUGAAAAAGAAAUAGGUGAAACAGCAUGACUAAAAAUGGUUGGUGGUGGUAGGUUAGAAAAAUUUCCCAAACUGUCUGUGAACAGAACUAAAACUAUCAAUCGGGCUGUUAAAAUGUUAAUAAGUGCCAGGGCUUCUUUGAAGGCUAGGGCACAUAGACGUCUUUGUUGUAACAAUGCAAAUCUGCAUGCUACAACAUCGACUUCUUUACCCAUUCAAUCAGGGGUCCUCAAAACACAUGACACACCACACAAAUCUGAUAGGUUACAAAUACAGGCCACGCAACAGAAUAGUGGGCGCAGUAAUGUACAGGACAGUGACCAAAGACUGUGUUUGGAAGCUGUUAAUGCUGAUCAUGAUCAAAAUACUGGUGUAUAUUUAGAUGCUAUUUACCAUCAACAGAGAGACCUAGCCAACUUUAACGGUGUUAUGUAUAUUGACCAUUUUGGAUUUAUAAACUUAGACAGAAUACACUCAUUUGUGGAUGCUGUUAAUGCUGUGCAUUCCAGUAUUCAAAAUUUACUGAACAGAACCUUACCAGACAUAGCACCAGGAGAUUUUGUACAGUUGCGUCUUGAGGGUGGGAAUGCUUUUGACCCUGUAUAUUCCACAAAACAGUCUAGUGAAGCUUUUAAUGCUGACACUUUUUUGAAUUGCAUUGCGAAUGCUUUACAGAGUAAUGCAGAAUGUCUUGCUGGCAAUUCUCUAAAACUUGUGGUAGUAGUGAUCAGGAAUAGGCGCGGUGGUGUGAAAAAACGGUUGCGUGCAAUCCCUUACAGCAAAAUUAUCAGUGGUAAAAAGCAAUGGUUGUAUGAUUUUAACAAUUAUACUACAAAUCUGUGUCUGGCAGCCAGUCUAUACGCCUUGAUGGAUAAUGAUGAUGUCGGUGAUGCCGUUUUACUAGAACGUGCCAAACAGUUACACAGGGUUCUAGACAUACCAGAGGAUCAGCUAGUGUCUUUUAAUGACAUUGCGGAGUUUGAAAAUUACUUAAACGUUAACAUUAAAAUUCUGUAUUUCAGUCAGGGGCGCUGGCAGUUUUAUCAUACAGGGGCGGCAUCCAGAGAAAAGAUUUUAUUUGUUUUACACCAUGAAAACCAUUAUUAUGGUAUUAAAAAUGUGAAAAGUUUUAUUGGUGAGUCAUACUUUUGUGAGAGAUGCAAUUCUGUGUAUCACCACAAGAAUAAUCAUGGCUGUCAGCAGUUUUGUAAAGCAUGUCAUAGAAUGGAUUGUAGGGAUGAAAUAGGUAUUCAGCCUAGGUGUUUUAACUGUCGUGUGUUUUGUCGUUCAAAAGACUGUUUGGAAUUGCAUAGACAGCUGGCUCUUGAUGACGAGAGCAUUUGUAGACUUAAAACGUUUUGUGACUCCUGCUACCGAUAUGUGUGUAAUGGGGAUGAGCAUAAAUGUGGUGGGCUGCGCUGCAGUGUGUGUGGUGUGCGUGUUGGGAAAUUUGACACACACAUUUGUUACAUGCAAAAGUGCAAAGCACAAAAAAGGUGUGAAAAAUACAUUAUCUAUGAUUUUGAAUGCAUGCAGGAGACAGGCACACACAUUCCAAAUUACAUCUAUGCCGCAAACUUGCACGGUUCCCCCGCUUGGGAGUUUGAAGGUAACGACUGUGUGCAAAAAUUUGUCCAGUUUUUUACUAGUGGCGUAUUUGACCAUUACACAUUCAUUGCACACAAUGCAGGGAGGUACGAUUCGUAUUUUAUUGUUCAAGAACUGAUCAGGGAAAAACUCCAAAUACAAAUAAUAAAUCAAGGGGGUAAACUGUUGUGCGUAACACUACCUGAUUUGAAAAUGCGGUUCAUAGACUCUUUAAACUUCCUGCCCAUGAAGCUCAGUAAAUUACCAGAAGCUAUGGGCUUUUCAGGGUCCAAAGGUUAUUUUCCACAUUUUUUUAACACAGAGCAAAAUCAAAACUAUAUUGGGCCCAUGCCAAGCAUCAAAUUUUAUGGUACAGAUUACAUGAUGCCUGGUGAGAAAAAUGAAUUCAUGACAUGGUACACAGAACACAAAGAUGACACAUUUAAUUUUCAGAAAGAACUAAAAGCAUAUUGCAAACAGGAUGUGGAGGUUUUAAGAAAGGCCUGUGAGUGUUACAGAGACAGGAUCAUGGCAAUGACAAAAAAGAAACGUACAUAUUACUGUAAGCGUAAAAAGAGGCGUGUUGUAGUCCGUAGAUCUAUUGAUCCUUUUCAACUUGUUACACUGGCGUCUGUCUGCAUGGCUAUGUACAGAUUUAAAUUCAUACCAUUAAACACUAUAGCCAUUGUACCAGGAGACAAUUACCACAAGACACAAAAACGUUUUUCUACACCGGCUAUCCAGUGGCUUUUGUAUGUAGCACAUACAGAAAAUAUUCCUAUACAGCAUGCAUUAAGGGGUGGUGAAAGGAGGGUUGGAAGGUACUUUUUGGACGGCUAUGCUUUUGUUGAUGGUAAGCACGUUGCUUUUGAAUUUCAGGGCUGUUUUUAUCAUGGUUGUCCUGUUUGCUACAAUGAGGCUGACUCCAAUGAUGUAACAAAUUCAACAUACGGACAAUUAUACUACACAUUUUUGGUUAAAAAAAGAUAUCUGCAAGAAUGUGGCUUUAUAAUUCGUUUGAUGUGGGAGCAUGAAUGGCAUGAAAUGCUUGAAAAGGAUGAACGGCUUAAAGAAUUUAUCCAUAAAAUGCAGUUUCCAAUACCCCUGGAUCCCCGUGAUGCGCUUUAUGGCGGUAGAACAAACGCUAUCAAACUGUAUCACAAAGUAGAGGAUGGUGAAAACAUAAAUUAUUAUGAUUUCACUAGCCUUUACCCCUUUGUUAAUAAAACCAAGACCUAUCCAGUUGGGCACCCAAAAAUAAUUUACGAAAAUUUUGGUUACAUCAAAAAAUACUUUGGUCUUGCUAAGGUCAAAGUAUACCCACCAAGGGAUUUGUUUUUUCCAGUCUUACCUAUGAAACUGAACAAAAAACUCAUGUUCCCUCUCUGUUACACAUGUGCUUUGAAUUGUCAGGCAGAACUAUGCACACACUCUGAUGAGCAGCGCUCUCUGACUGGUACGUGGACGACUAUGGAACUAGAGGUAGCUAUAGAAAAGGGUUACAGAAUAGCACAAAUCUAUGAGAUCUGGCAUUUUGACAAUUCCAGCAAUGACUUGUUUACACAAUACAUUAAUCUACACCUCAGGGACAAACAAGAAGCAUCAGGUUAUCCAAACUGGUGUACUGAUGCGGCCAAGAAAAAACAAUACAUUGCCGCAUUUUAUGAAAAAGAGGGCAUACAGUUACGUGCUGAUAAGAUAGCCGUAAACCCUACAAAACGUCAAAUUUCCAAAUUAUUUCUCAAUUCAUUGUGGGGCAAGUUUGGCCAGAGGUCUAACCUACCACACACCAGCAUUGUCACAGACCCCGAUGAACUUUUUAAGUUAGCAUUUCUGCCUUACUAUGAACUUUCUGAGGUUAAUUUUAUAAAUGAUGAGACAGCUGCUGUAAAUUGGAAAUACAGUAAGGAACGGUACACAAUCAAUAAAAACACCAACAUCUUUAUAGCCUGUUUUACUACAGCAUAUGCCAGACUAGAAUUAUACAAACUUCUAGACAGGCUACAAGAAAGGUGCCUCUAUCAUGACACAGACUCUGUUAUUUUUGUGAGUAAAGAAGGUGACUGGAAUCCACCACUGGGUGAUUAUCUGGGUGAACUGACCAGUGAGGUGCCAAAUAACACACAUAUCACAGAAUUUGUAUCUGCAGGGCCCAAGACAUAUGGUUACAGGCUUAACACUGGUAAAACAACCUUGAAAGUGAAAGGCAUAACGCUCAAUGUUGCUAACACCCAGGUUAUUAAUUUUGACAGCCUGAAAGAUCUGGUUCUGGAUUACCCACACAAUACAGAUGUUAAGACGCAAAAGACAAUAGGAACAGAACAAUCUGGUAUUGUCAGAAACAAGAAACGUUGGCAGAUAGAGACCAGGACACUACGGAAAACACAAAAGUGUGUUUAUACAAAGAGACAGCUGUCAAACGAUUUUACAACAUUACCUUUUGGCUACUAAAUAGAGGCCAUGGAUACACGGCUUCAACAUCCAUUCUCCUGUAUUUUAGCAGGACCAUCAAAUUCAGGGAAAAGUUAUUUUGUAAAACAGCUAUUAGUCAAUGCUGAGACACUUUUGUCACACAAACCUGAUAAUAUUGUUUGGUUUUAUGCAUGCUGGCAAAAAUUGUAUGAUGAAUUAUCUUCUUCAUUUCCCCAUAUUAGGUUUAUUGAGGGUCUGCCUCAAACAUUUAUGGAUGAUGAUUUGUUCCCUCCUGGUAAGGUAAAUUUGACAAUUGUUGAUGACCUUAUGGAAAGUGCUAGUGAGAAUGUUGAAAUAGAAAAAGCAUUUACCAAGUAUGUGCAUCACAGAAAUUUAAGUAUUAUGUAUCUUGUGCAAAAUGUGUUUUGUCAGGGUAAGAAAAGCCGGACAAUAAACUUAAACACCAAAUAUAUGGUGCUUUUUAAAAA